ACAUGUCCCUUCCCAGCAGGGCCAGGCCAGGCACGCUCCGUCCCCGGCACCAUGGACCAAAGGGAGAUCCUGCUGCAGAACCUGGAGAGGGCCCAAGGCAAGAAGCUCAACCGAGGGGAGUUUGCAGAGGAGUUUUUGAAGCUGAAAAGGCAGACAACAAAGUACAAGCUGGAUAAAAUCUACCCUACAGCAGCAGCUGAGCAACCAGAGAAUGUCAAGAAGAACAGAUACAAGGACAUCUUACCUUUCGACCACAGCAGAGUGGAGCUGUCCCUGAUCACCUCCGACACAGACUCCCACUACAUCAAUGCCAACUUCAUCCAGGGUGUCUAUGGGCCAAGAGCAUACAUUGCAACCCAGGGUCCUCUCCCCACUACUGUCAUUGACUUUUGGAGGAUGAUUUGGGAGUAUGAAGUCCUGGUGGUGGUCAUGGCUUGUAUGGAGUUUGAAAUGGGGAAGAAGAAGUGUGAGCGGUACUGGGCGGAGAUGGACGGCUCCCCCCUGCACUGUGGCCCCUUCUCCAUCACCUGUGAAGCUGAGGAGAAGAGGGAUGAGUACGUGAUUAGGAAUUUGAAGGUGACCUUCAACGGGGUGACCCGCACCAUCCACCAGUUCCACUACAAAAACUGGCCAGACCACCACGUCCCCUCCUCCAUUGACCCCAUCCUGGAGCUCAUCAGGGAGAUUCGCUGCUACCAGCCGGAUGACGCUGUCCCUGUCUGCAUCCACUGCAGUGCUGGCUGUGGCAGGACGGGCGUCAUCUGCGCCAUCGACUACACCCAGAAGCUGCUGAAGGACGGGAUUGUUCCGGUGAACUUCAGCGUCUUCGGGCUGAUCCAGGAGAUGCGCACACAAAGGCCCUGCAUUGUGCAGACCAAGGAGCAGUACGAGCUGGUUUACGAUGUGGUGAUUGAGCUCUUCAGAAGGCAGAUUAAAGCACUGGAUGCCCAGAAGGAUUCUGCUGAUUCCCAGGCACGAGCAGGGCCUCCUGUAGCCAAGCCACUCCUGACUCCGGUGGAAGACAUUUACGGUCUGAGUUUACUCACCUGCUCAGAGCGAGAGGAGCGGGCUGUGCCCCAACACCUUCCUCCAGUGGCACAAAGCAAAGCGUCCCUGCCAUCUCCGUGCGCCCCAGGGGCACAGGACAGCUCUGGCUGUGCAGUGUCCCCCAUCAGACAGGCCUUCUCCUUCGGUGCUCUGAACUUCAUCAGCUGCAGGAAGGCGGCUGUCGCCGAGCAAUGGGGGGCUGGGGACGCCCCUCGGAAACGCCGCAGCUGGGAGCUGGACCUGGAGCCCAAGGGAGCAGCAGGGAGGGGGCCUGGGGGCAGAGCACCUCUGACAUGGACUGCAUCCAACCCUCUAGUGCUGGGGCAGCGGGGAGAAGACUGGGAAUGGGAUGGAAGGGGUGCCAGGCCUGUUUGGAAUUCACGGUGGCCAAAUGCUGGUCACUCAAGCUUCCAGGAUGGAUUUUCUCCUGUGGACCUGAACCCCUCCAGACGAGAAGCAGGUGGCCCCCCAAGCCACAGGAACCAUGGGCGAUGCCCUUACCCUCAUCUCUGCUCAGCAGAAGAUCCCUACUUCUCGUCACUCUCUCCAGACGACCCCGUGUCCCCAGUGUUUUCCAAGUGCUUUGUGGAGGGGCAGGAUGAGCUUCUUCCUUCUUGUGCUGCCAGUGCCCCGCUGCAGCCCACCACAGCCAGCUCCCCACCGUCCCACCACGCUCCCCUGGAUGAGGAGAGGAUGUCCCCAGCAGGUAACCUGUCCCUGUCUUUCCAAUUACCCACCCUGCCACAGCCAGAUGAUGAUGAUGAUCCCCCACCCCUGCCCCAGCGCACCCCUGAGUCCUUUAUUGUGGCCAAUGAACCGGGACAAUUUCCUCUGGCCACUUCUGAUUUUCAGCUCCCAGAGAGAAAUCCAAAUAUCGGAACCUCUCGGGAGUGGAGUGGUGAGACUCACUCAGAGGAGCUUCGGGACUUUGGGAGGCUGAGAACAUGCAAGAGCGUGAAGCUUCGGAGCCCCCGGACAGAGACAACCUGGGAUCUCUCUGACUCUCCUCCCCCGCUUCCUGAAAGAACCCCAGAGUCGUUUGUUCUCGCUGAGGCAGCAAGUCUGCAGCCUGCUGCGAGAAACUCCUCAAGUCCUGCGGGUUUGGAGAGCACGGAUUUUGAAACCUCAUCCAAAGAGGCCCUGAAAUGCUUCAGGAGGAGCAAGAGCAUGAAAAUACUGAAAAAUGUGAGAAAAAGCAUCUGCAGCCCAUCUUCAUGGACAAAAUCAUCAGAGCCUGCCCCAACAAACCCUCUGAGGUCUUUCCUUAACUUUGGCUUUGCAAAUCGAUUUUCAAAACCUAAAGGCCCAAGAAAUCCACCCCCAACAUGGAAUAUUUAGAUGCAUUUUAUAGACUUGGUGUUGCAGAUCUGUGAAGUCUUCCUGAUGCACCUGGAAUGCUCAUCCCAGCGAGGUUUCCAAGAAAAUAAACACAUCAAAAGUUGUUGCACAGUACUGGCAGCUCAGGCACUACUUGCACACUCUUCAGCUGAAGAUUUAAAGUAAAGAAGAGUAAUAAAAAGGACCAGCAGCUUUCAGUUAAUUUACAACAGGAUGGAAAGUAAACCUGGGAAUAGAUAUUUUAUCCUAAGGAGGGACAUGUUUUUGUUGGGUUUUGGAAUGGGAUCACUUCAAAAUGAUGGAUUUGAGUGUAAACUGGGGAUAGGACCCAGUGAAGACCCAGUGGAAUGAUCUGGAAGGCCAAUGGAGCAGAGUGAAGUGGAUCAAGACCCCUGAAUGGUGCAGGCACAGCAUCUCUUUAACAUCACAUUUGUAGGUCUACUGUAACCAAAGACACUUAAAUGUUUAUAUAACAUGGACUAAAAGGGAAUUAGCAUCCUAGAUUUCAGAAAUAAUUUAAGCUUUUUUAUUUCUUUUUUCUAUUUUUUUUUUUUUCCUAUCUGAGCACCUCAGAGAAUUUGUCUGGAUUUGGGUCAAUAAGACUAAGAUGGUGAUUGAUCCCACAUAAAUUACACCUGUGUAAUUGACCCUGAAAAAAAAAAAAAU